AUGGGUUGCGAUGGCAUUGAGUUCAAAAGGAGUGAUCUAAAGGAAGAAAAAAGUGGAAAAAAUAAGCCAAAGAAGGGUCUUUUAGAAACUGAAAAUGAAAAGCGAACAUUUUGGACUGCUUGUCCCUACUGUCAUUACAUGUACGAGUAUGUAAAGAAGUAUGAAGAGUGCUGCUUGCUUUGUCAGAAUUGUAGAAAAGGGUUUCAUGCACUGGCUGAAGUGGCGCCGCCGAAAGGUUUUUUGGUGAAAGGGAAAGGAGGAGAGUAUUAUUCUGGGUAUGGGUUUUUUCGAUUAGGUCAUUCUUGGAAAAGCUUUUUGGGUGACAAGAAAGGGGGUGGUAGGGAAGAUACUGGGAAAAACCAUGAUGUUGUGGAUAUUUCUGAUGAUAGUGAUGAUGAGAAAAAGGAAAUGGAUGUAAAAAACGAGGCUGUUAAAGUGAAACCAGAAGAUUUGAACAAUAGUGCAGGAAGGGGUGUAAAGAAAGUAAAAUCCGUGCCCAGGAAUACAAAGAAAAUGAUGGGGAGGGGGGUAAAGGUGAAGAAAGUUGAGAAGGUGAGUGUUGUGGAAAUGAAUGUGGAGUUUUGGAAUGGAGUUGCAGAUAGUGAUUGUGGAAUUGAUGGUAGAAUAAGGCUUGGAAGUGGAAGUGAUCAGCAUGAUUCUGAUGAGGAAGAGUUGGAGGUCUUUGAGGGAGAUGAUGAUAUAUUUGUUGGUUUGAGGGAUAUCUGUUGA